CCUGUCACACCGCCCUCCCGUUCAUUUCUCCAGCCUCAGUUCAGUUUUGGGCUCCAACAUGUCGAGUUCGUACAAAACCAGGAUUCAGGAGUUUAAGACGGCGCUGAGUGAGGAGAAGAUCGACCUGAAGGCACUACGGGAACUCUGCUUCGGCGGAAUUCCUUUCGAGGGCGGGAUUCGAUCUCUGUGCUGGAAGAUCUUGUUGAACUUCCUGCCCCUGGACCAGACACUGUGGGACUCGUUCCUGAAAAAGCAGCGAGAGAUUUAUUCCCAGUUUCUGAAGGAGAUGAUUAUCCAGCCGGGAAUCGCUAAAGCUAAUAUGGGUGUCUCCAGAGAGGACGUGACCAUGGAGGAUCACCCACUGAAUCCGAAUCCCGAGAGCCGAUGGAACAAUUACUUUAAAGAUAACGAGGUUCUGUUACAGAUCGAUAAAGAUGUCAGGCGUUUAUAUCCAGACAUGGCGUUCUUCCAGAGACCCACAGAGUUUCCCUGUCAGCUGAUCCUCGAUUCACAGAACGAGUACGAAACUCUGCGCAGACGAGUGGAACAGACCACGCUUAAAGCUCAGACCGUCAACCGUAACCGUAGUGGAGUCACCAACGUGAGUUCUCCAGGCAAGGCGCUAAACCUUUACCCGUCCAACGAGUACGAGGUUUUGCCAAACGGGUGCGAGGCGCACUGGGAGGUGGUGGAGCGAAUCCUGUUCAUCUACGCCAAGCUGAACCCGGGCAUCGCCUACGUACAGGGCAUGAACGAGAUCGUGGGGCCGAUUUACUACACCUUCGCCACCGACCCCAACCCACAGUGGAAAGAGCACGCGGAGGCCGACACCUUCUUCUGCUUCACCAAUCUGAUGUCGGAGAACCGUGAUAACUUUAUAAAGAGCCUGGACGACUCUCAGUGCGGCAUCACGUACAAGAUGGAGAGCGUCUUCUCCAUGUUAAAGGAGAAGGACCUGGAGCUCCACAUGAAACUGCAGGAGCAGAAUAUAAAGCCUCAGUACUUUACGUUCCGCUGGUUGACUCUGCUGCUCUCUCAGGAGUUUUUGUUGCCGGAUGUGAUCCGUAUUUGGGAUUCGCUUUUCUCCGAUCAGGAUCGUUUCCACUUCCUCAUACUCGUCUGCUGCGCCAUGCUGACUUUAAUUCGUGAUCAGUUGCUGGCAGGAGACUUUACAACGAACAUGAGAUUACUCCAGGACUACCCCAUUUCAGACGUACACACUAUCCUCACCAAGGCUAAAGAGCUGCAGGAUGGCUCGUAGCUCACACACACACACACACUCUCUCUCCUUGUUCAGAGAAACCACAGCAACCGGUAGCCACGGCGACGACCAGAACAGUGCCCCACUGCAUCCUGGGUGGGAUGUCAUCUUUCUGCCUUUGCAUUAUGGGAGAAAACCCACAGUGUCGGCUCGUGGGCCACAUCUCUCGUAAUCAGACUGUGUGUGUGUGUGCGUGUGCGUGUGUGUGUGUGUGUGUGUGUGGAGCUUUUGACUGCACUGAACACUUGAAAAGGAUCCUGCAGUGUCUUAAAAACACUCCAUUUGUACAGGUUUCUCAGUGUUGUUUUUUUGUUUGUUUUUUUUCAUAAUUUUUAAAAAAACAUUUUACUUUUUGGUGUUUAUUUUUGAAGAUGGAUGUAUUUAGGAUUGAAGUUGAGAGGAAGGAGAUUCCGCAGCGGCGGCGCGUUAGAAACGUUAAUCCUACACUGAGCACGUGCCUGUAAUCAGUUAUACGAUACGGGGGGAAAAAAACAACAGCCGACGUGAAGAACAUCACAAUCCCAUGAUGCUUUUGGGGAUUUCAUUCAGCUGCAUGUCUAUUUGCACAUAUCAACACUUCACUGAUAUGGUUGCUAUGGUUACCGUUAAGGCGGCUAAAAAACCUCCGGCGUUCGAACAUAACGUAAUGACCGAGAAUAGUGAGCCGUUUCGUUACGGCGUGCGAUAUCACACCUGCAGAAUUCUGGAUCCUGAUUGGUCAGGAGGUUAAUUGAUCAGUGAUUAACUCUCUAUAACAGCAGCUCUGACAGUAGCGAAGGUUUUUUUAUUUUAAUACCCCGUUUCCAUAGCAACGCUACUUCGAAGGAGUCUCCAGUGUCGGAGGUAAAGCCGUAACCUUAUGGCAGGAACUAACUUGUUUUAUUGACUGCAUACGAUAAAGAAUGUGGUGUAAGAGGAAUAAAUCACUGGAGACGUGCCGUUAUGAGGAAAUAAUCAGCGCCGGGUCGGAGCCGUGACUGCGCUGGGUUUUACUCUUUACAUCGUCAAUACAGUGAUGAGUGUUGAACGUUCUCUGUGUUUGUGAAGGGAAAUAUUCAGGACAGUAUUGUGUGUGUGUGUGUGUGUGUGUGUGUGUGUGUGUGUGUGUGUGUGUGUGUGUGUGUGUGUGUGAGAUGAUUGGCGCAUGGCUCAGAGAGAGCCGACACUAUGUAAAGUGUAAAUCUCCAUCUUUUAACGUAUACUUUUAAUGUUCUUUAUGUUCUCUCCAUUCCAGAUCCUGCUGUAAGCACAGGCUUUGUGUGUGUGUGUGUGUGUGUGUGUGUGUGUGUGUGUGUGUGUGUGUGUGUGUGUGUUUCCACUGACACAGACUUAGCACUAUUCUGGUUCUCUGAAAUUGUACAUCAUGUUGUGGGCAGAGCUUACAGGCAGAUCAUUUGUUCUCUUUACAUCUUGAUUUUUAUUUUCUGCGAUGAGCUGUUAGUGAAGAAGGGCGGAGCUUAGGUUGACAUGUGACAUUACAUUGGCCAAUCACAGACUUCAUUAGUAGUUUUGCUGAUUUGAGCUAGCUGGCUAGCAAGUGCCGCUACUGGAUUUAGUAACGCAAUCAUGUUGCAAAUAGUGCUGCGUCUCUGUAAAAGAGGCGUGGCCCACAUACCUGUCAGUCUCAGUAAAGGGGGCGUGGCCUCUCGGACACUUCGCACUGAAGCAAGUUGCUGAAUGUGAACGGUUCCAGAUGAAGCUCCGCCUCCGUGUCAGUGGAAAACGCUCGUGAGUUUACUAACCAUGUACUAAUCCUGGUUAUAUAUUAGCACGGAUGCUAUUUAACCUGCUAAAGUGUGUGUGUCUGCUGUCAGCAUGCGGCGCUUGUUUAGGCUGGAGAUAAACAACACGUAACCGUGCUGAUCAACAAACACACAUGGAAUUUUAUUCUGAUUAUUCUGAUUAUUUUAGGCAGAUGUACUUUGGCAGCCUGAGGAAUGACUUUAAUGUCCACAAUAUUGCGAUAUAAUCGUGUAAUUGAUUACUGGCACAUGUUUAUAAAAUCAAACAAAUCACAAGACCACUUUCAGAUGGAUUUCUUAAACACACGACACACAAAAGGCUGAUUAACUCCGAUUUCUUCUGAAAUGAUUGUGAUGCUUUCUGAUGAUUUUAACACUAAAGUGUUGUUUUUGGAAAACUCGA